AUGAGAUACAUCUCAAAAGAUCAUCCUAAUGCGAAAUCUCAAAUAGAUGAUAGUGGCAUCAGUAUUGAGUACGGUUGGCCUUACGGACCACCUCAAACUAGGAGCCAUAUCGACAGGUUAAUAGCCGCGAACAAUGUAUUAACGAGAAUUAGUAAACAUUAUGGUUUCGGGGCAGAAAGUCAUGAUCCAUUGACCUAUUUCAACAUCAAACCUCCGGCAGUGACUUACUCAUGUCCAGGGUGGAAUGAUAUUACUGAACAUUUAUUCAGCAAUUGUGAACCAUUGGAGUUAGCAUUAGAUACUACGGAACUUUUAUCGGUACCAACGCUUUUUCGGUACGUUAGAGACCAUGGAGGCAUUAACCUUACGUCUUUCGAGUUCCGGAACUUUUUAGGCAUUGCUAAUGAGAAACGAGAUUUAUUUUUAUGGGAACCAUUUCCUGGCUUCGGGAUUGUGAAAUGUAUUGCAAUAGGUUGGUCACUUCCAAUGGGUGGAUCUAAUUUUGUGUCUUGGCUAUCACCAAUUGGCGAGCCAGACGAAGACGAUAUGGAAACUCUGGAUAAUCUGAUGUCAGAUCAAGCGGUCCAAGAAGCGCUUUAUGAAUACUGUGGUGGAUGUAGAGAUCUAGAAAUAGAAACUUUUAGAUUGUGGCUUGUUCAUCGAUUCGAAACGGAAGGAUUUGAUGGGUAG